GGGAGAACUCGGUUUGUGCAGGAGUGGCGUUAAAUCCCCUAAAGUUGCUAAAAAAGUAUCGAUAAUCAAUGGAGAAGAUAACAGAGAAACUCUUAUUGGAGAAAGGCUCUCCAAAAACCAACAAACUGGAGGAAAUCAAGACACUGAAUCUAUCUAAGCUGGGAUUGAAGCAUCAGGAUUUACCAGUCAAGCUGCUGUCCCGUCUCCAGUCCCUGGAGCGAUGGGAUCUGUCUGGGAACAGACUGCAGGAGAUGCCCAAGGAUCUGGAGCUGCCUGCACUUCGCUGCCUGGAUCUCAGCGACAACCAGAUGGAGGAUGUUACCACUCUGGAGUCUCUAAGCGGUCUGGAAGAACUCAAGAUGGAGGACAACCUUUAUAUCACUGUGAAUGAUAAUCACAAGCUGAUGGCGUUGUUACCCAAACUGAGGAUCUACAACGGUAAAGAUAUCAGCACUUCUGCCAACCACUUGCGCUUUGUCUACACUGAGAACCUGAGGACCAGGGUAAUUGCGCUUUGGGAGAAGAACUUCUCUCUCCCGGAUCCCAUCACAGCGGAGAAAAUGUCCGAUUUGGAGGAACGUUUUGUCAACACUGCCCGUCAGCAGGUUAAAUUUGGACCCAGUUCAGUCAGCGACUUCACCAAAUGGAAGGUGGAGAUUAUUGCUAAGGAGUAUCUGAGCUCUCUGAUUAAUCCAAAGGAAGAGCCGGAGAUCAAGGAGCCUACUGACACUAAAGAGAACUGUGAGGUCUCAAUGCCCUGCAAGAGGAAACAAACUGAAUCAGUGAUGGACACCAGCAUAAGGCUGACACCUCGUAAGAAACUGCGCUCAGAUCUCCCAGCCUCCCCAGCUGCAGAAAGUCCUCGCAAAUCCGGCCGCAAUCUUCAAGCGCUAACCGAGAAUAACACCAUCAGGAUGAGCCCCCGAAAGAAAAGCCAGCCUCCCUCCACUCCCACCAGACGACAGACAAGUACAGAGACGCCCAAGAAAGGGUCUAAAGUGCAACAAACUAAAGAUGAUGCUGGAGCGCAGGUAAAACAGAAGAACAAAGCAGAGCUGCAGAGAGACACUGACAAGCUUUUCACAACAAAGAGCUGCAGCAAGACACAGCAGCCAGUGAGUCUGAAGCCUCUCCACGUCCUCCAGUGCCACAGCAAACAGGACAGCUCGGAGGACUUCUCCACUCAGCUGUGGGCUUGUGCUUUCCAGCCGCUGCCUGAUUCUACAGGCACUAGUGGAGGAAGCCGUUUGGUUGCUACCUGUGGUGGAGACUCUCUCUGUGUGAUUGACUGUGAAACUGGGAUGGUGAUGAAGAAGUACAAAGUUCCUGGCGAGGAGUUCUUCUCGCUGGCUUGGUCCACAGUCUUGAUGUCCAGGGGAGGCGGGGCCUCGGCUCAACACUGCAGCAUUCUGGCCGCCGGAGGAAAAAGAGGACUGGUCAAACUGAUCCACCCUAGAAACAAUGUGGCCUAUGGGGAGUUCAGAGCCAGUCGUAAGGCGCUGUCUGUCCUGCGCUUCAACCACCACCAGGGAAACUUCCUCUUCACGGGAUCAUAUGACAAUAAGAUAGUGAUGUGGGACAUCGGCGGAGUGGACAGCCACUACAACUACAAAGUUGUUCAGCUGCUGGUGUUGGAGAUCAGCGCCACCCCGCUGCACAUCUGCCUCCCACCCACUUCCCCCAGCACACACCUGCUGACUGCCUGUGAGGACGGCCUGCACUGCUACAACACACAACUUGGUGUCAGCAACAACACAAAGAGUAGGUCUGAGGAGAUGGAGAUAACUUUCCCCAUAUAUAAGAAGGAAGAUAAAGACCAUGACUACCACACCAUCGAUGGCCUGAGUUUUCUUACGGAUGACGUAGUGGCCUCCAAGAACUACAUGCAUGGUUCCAUUUACCUGUGGAGCUGGAGCAGGACCAAGGCUCAGCGGCCUGACAAGAAGGACAGGACAGUGUGUGCCGUGGUUCUGGCUGAGCUGCAGUGGGCUAACACUGAGAUCCCCUACCUCGCUCUCAACACCUGCCCUGGUCGAGCUUAUAUAGUGUGUGGUGAUGAUAAAGGCAGGAUAUGGACAUACCACGUCAACAACCUGCAGAAAAACAGUCUCCAAACUGGGAAACCCAUCCUGCCCACUGAGGUGUUGGAGUGGCCGACUCCGGUGAGGAAGGGCCUCGGCCAAGUAGAGGGCCCCUCCAUCAACAGCGUAGCAAUGGACCCUGAGCUCCAGUUUCUGGUGGCUCUUAGUGAUAAGAACAUGGUGAUAGUGUGGAAGAGGGAGGAGACCCCCUGAGCAUCACAGGCGGUGUGACUGCAACUCAUGAUGGAAGUCAGAUGUUUGUCUUUUUUUGU